AUGCCUUGCCUCUACAAGAACCCUGAGAAAGCCUCUGAGCAUUGGUGCCAAGCCAAUAAAAAUACUAUUGAAGCUAUUCAUGCUUUACACACUGCUAAAGAAUCUUCCACUGCUUCAUUCUCUGAAGCAGAAACCAAUGAACUGGUACUAUGGACUUCUUCAGCUGCAAAAACAGCCAUUGCUAAAUCAGCCCAAUCUCUCCAAGCUUCAUGGUAUCUUGAUAGCUGUGCUUCAUUCCAUGUUACACCCCAUCAAGCUUUCUUCACGUCCUAUAAAACAUUGAGAAAGGAGGACCUUACUCCAGCAGAUUAUAUUGAAGAUGCUCAAGGGAAGAUUUCCAAACCUCAUGGUAUUGGCACCGUUGUCAUUGAUAUUGGAACUGGAUCCUUGAUCCUUAGGGAUGUAUGA